AUGGCGGCGGGGAGGGGAAGAAAGGGCCUGUCCCAGUCGGCCUUGCCCUACAGGCGCAGCGUGCCCACGUGGCUGAAACUUACUUCUGAUGAUGUAAAGGAACAGAUCUACAAGUUGGCCAAAAAAGGCCUGACUCCUUCCCAAAUUGGUGUGAUCCUGAGGGAUUCCCACGGUGUUGCCCAGGUUCGCUUUGUUACUGGCAACAAGAUUCUGAGAAUCCUUAAAUCCAAGGGACUGGCCCCAGACCUCCCAGAGGAUCUCUAUCACUUGAUCAAGAAAGCAGUUGCUGUUCGCAAGCAUCUUGAGAGAAACAGAAAGGACAAAGAUGCCAAGUUCCGCCUGAUUCUGAUUGAGAGCAGGAUCCAUAGGUUGGCUCGCUACUACAAAACCAAGAGAGUGCUGCCACCCAACUGGAAGUAUGAAUCAUCGACAGCUUCUGCCCUGGUCGCAUAAGAUCUGGCUGUGACUUACUGAAAGAAUAAAUUCUCGUUACCUGA